UCUCCCCGCAGGCUGUUCGCCAUCGGGUCACAGCUGUCCCCCGAGGUGGGGAGCUCCGGGAUCGAGAUGCUGGAGACCGACACCUUCAAGCUGCACUGCUUCCAGACGCUGACAGGGAUCAAAUUCGUGGUUCUUGCUGACCCGAGGCAGGCGGGGAUAGACUCCCUUCUCCGCAAGAUCUACGAGAUUUACUCAGACUAUGCGCUGAAGAAUCCUUUCUACUCCCUGGAGAUGCCCAUCAGAUGUGAGCUGUUUGACCAGAACCUGAAGCUUGCCCUGGAGGUGGCAGAGAAAGCUGGACCCUUUGGACCUGGAUCGUAG